AUGUCGCCCUCAUCUCCUCCCGGCAAGCGCAAGCGCAGCGCCUCUCACCUCCCCGUCCCCACAGCUGAGCUUCAACCAUCUUCACGCGACGCGUCCGGCGAAGAAGGUGAGGACUCCGGCCCGGCCAAUGCCACCCCAAACAAAACAAAGAAGAACGACACUCCAGCAUCCAAGCGAGCUCGUAAGACCGGUGAGGCUUCGACCAACGGUGAUGGCUCCAUCCCCAAAGAGGAUCCCGGCGAGCCCUCAGAGACCACCGUGGCCAGCAGCGAUAUUGAAGGUCGACUCCGGAGUCGCCCGGGUCUGCACAUUAAGCUCCCGGUGGACGAAGGCGAACAGAACACCAUGGCGCCACCGCAAAUAGGCAAAUUGCAGGAUCCAGUUGGAUACCACACCAAUCCGCCGCCGACGGGGCGGGCGGUGCGGUGUACGCCGACGGCGUGUUUGAUCUGUUCCACCUCGGGUGACCAUAUGAGACAGCUCGAACAGGCUAAGAAGGCUUUUGAUGACGUGUACCUCAUUGUUGGUGUGACUGGCGACGAGGAGACUCAUAUGCGAAAGGGAUUGACUGUGCUCAGUGGCGCAGAGCGUGCGGAGACCAUCCGUCACUGCAAGUGGGUGGACGAGGUCAUUCCCAACUGUCCUUGGGUCGUGACUCCAGAGUUUCUGUCCGAGCACCAGAUCGACUAUGUCGCCCACGACGACCUCCCCUACCAGGCUGCUGAGGGUGAUGAUAUCUACGAGCCCAUCAAGGCUCAGGGCAAGUUCCUGGUCACUCAACGGACGGAGGGUGUCAGCACUACUGGAAUCAUUACACGGAUCGUUCGUGACUAUGACCAGUACAUUUCCAGACAGUUCAAGCGCGGCGCGUCGCGCCAAGAAUUGAACGUGUCAUGGUUGAAGAAGAACGAGCUCGAGAUUAAGAGGCAUGUGGUGGAACUUCGCGAUAAUAUUAAAAACAACUGGACGAUGACGGGACAAGAGUUGGGCCGUGAACUGCGACAGAUCUGGCAAAAUAGUCGGCCCAACAGCCCCGCGCCUAGCGCCCGCAACAGCAUGGACUGGGGCAGCGGCCGCGGACCUCUGGCCAGCCCGACCGGCGGCAGCAAGUCGCAUCUGUCCCGCGUGGAGGCCCUCAACUCACCGCGCCCCGAGAGCCCAAUUGGCGGAGCGCGCAACGAGGACUUUGCCACUGGAUACAGUCUGGGAUUGAUUGGGGGUGUUCGCGCAUGGAUGAUGCGAAGCCGCCAGUCCCUCCAAGAACCAGUCAGCCAUCCCCAAUCACCCACCGACGAGGACGAGUCCGAGCCCACCAACGGCUUCGACGAGGACCUCCGCGGGCGCGUCAAGGGCACGACCCAGUAG